AUGCUGAUGGAACUCAUUCGCUUUAACGACCAAAUCCCCCUGCGCGAUGGGCGCCUCACUCGUUUCCAUUCCCGCAGUCCCCCCCGGAUCUCCGUGCAAGAAUAUCUCCAACGCUUGACGACCCAUGCCACCCUCUCCCCUCCCAUCCUUCUAAGUAUGGUUUUCUAUAUCGACCGACUCUGUGCGCUAUAUCCCGCAUUUACUGUCUCGACUCUCACUGUCCAUCGAUUUCUGAUCAGCAGCGCAACUGUUGCUAGUAAAGGGCUCAGCGACAGCUUCUGGACAAACAAGACCUACGCAAGGGUUGGUGGGAUCAGUGUGGCGGAGCUGGCGUUGUUGGAAUUGGAGUUUCUGUGGCGGGUCGAGUGGCGUAUCGUGCCGCAACCUGAAGUACUGGAGGACUAUUAUCGAAACCUUGUGGAGCGUUGCGACGAGUAUGUCAUCCUACCAGAAGAGGAUGAUGAUAAAAUCCAUCCUACAGGGGGUGAAGCUGUCCCCGCUUCACAUGUGGCUAAUGGCGGAGAAGCUUCUUCUUCUACCAUGCAACAAUAA